AUGGAAUUGGAUCAGGAAUGUGAGGAAUUUUUUCAAUAUCUGGAUAAUAUAACGAGUUCUAGUGAAAAGGAUAUUAAAAACAUUCUAAAACCACUUAAGUAUCAUUUUUGGAAGCAAAAAUUGGCAAAAUAUGUAAAAAUGGCACUAAUUGCUGUUUCCAUAUGCUAUGCUUUCUAUUCGAUUGAUACACUGAAUUGGUACUUUUGCGCUAUUGGUCGUAUUAUAUUGAUAAAAAUUCUACCUUUAUGGAACUGGACAUAUUUGGGAAAAUCAAAAUGCUUCAUUUCUAAAACUGCACAACAAAAACCAUCAUAUGCUAGCAAUGAAUUUGAUACAAGAGAUUGUAGGUCAUGCGAAUAUUUCGAUCAAAUUGAUAUCAUGAAAGAGACAUCAUACAAUCAUAUACAUGAUAAAUAUUUGAUAAGAGGACUCCCUGUCAUUGUAUCGGAUACGAUCAAAAAUGUAAAUAAAUCAGAAUCACUUUUAUCCUUUAUCAAUAACAUUUCAACAAAUAUGAGUGACAUGAUAAAUGGCGAAGCCUGCAAUUUUGAGACUAAUUUAAUGAUGUCAAAAUAUGCCAAUCUUGGUGAAACAUUUGCGAUUCUUAAAAAAUCUUUAGAAGAAGAGCAAAAAAUAAUGCCUUGGUUUAUAUCAUUUCGCAAUUGUAAAACUAAAGCAUUAAAAUCGUCACGUCUAAUGAUGUCAAAACCAUAUUUCUAUCCGAUAAAUUUACAAGCUCCAUAUACAACAUGGGUUUUAAUAUUACAGCAGUACAAAAACUAUAAAAACGAUUUAGAAGUUUAUGGUCUCAUUAUUGUUACACAGAUGAAAGGCAGCAUAAAGAUUACAUUGAGAGUUAAUAAAAGCUGCCAAACAUUUUGUCAAGAUUUAAGUUUAAACCUCUUUGCCGGUGAAUCUUUAAUAUUUUUUUCUGGUUUGUGGACAUUGUCGUAUGAGUAUACUGAAGAGGAAAGUUAUUCUAUCACAUUCAUAACAGAGACUCAUCUUUAUUAA